UAUCAAAUGAUAUCUGACCGUGCUUUGAGCACGCCUAAUAAUACAGCCGAAUUGAUAGUGCUUAAAAAUUUUAUUAAGAUGAUUUUAGAAGUCACUUUAAAAAAAUUGGAAGACAAACUCCGCGAAAUAAUCGAACAUAUCCUGAUAUUGUCCAAUUAUCACUGUAUUACGGAUAACGAGAUAUAUAUCAACAACAUUACGUUUCAGUGGUACCAUAAGAUACCUCAUAUUUUGGAAGAAAACGAAUCCAUCGUUGGAUAUAAGACGUUAGAAUUUCAACAGGCAUUAAGAGUUAGGUACAUUAAAUUUGAAGAGGAAUUGGAAUCUUGCGCGAAACAAGUGGAUGAGAUCGAAAAUUGGGGGGAUAUCGCGGAGGUUUACAAAUAUCAGAAAAAGGCACAAGUUUUGGAAAAUCGUUUGAUCGCUGCUAUGGAUAAGAUCGAUAAGUUUAACGAAGAGGAAGCUGCGUUUGGUUGGGAAAUAACGCAAUAUCCGCGUCGCAAACAGAUCGCUGAUCAAUUAAAACCCUACAAGCAACUCUUUGACGUGAUUUGCGAUUUUUUGACUAAGCACGAUAAAUGGUUAUACUCGAUGGUCGGUACAUAUUAUCCCGAGGAAAUUGAUAACGACGUAGGAGUAGCAUUCAGAUUGAUCUACAAAUUGGAGAGAAGCUUUCAGGAGCCAGCUUUGAGACAGUUGGCGGCAGGUGUACGGGAUAAAAUAGAAGAUUUCAGGGAACAAAUGCCGAUCAUUUACACGCUCGGCAAUCCGGCGUUGAAGGAACGUCAUUGGGAACAAAUUUCGGCGAUCAUAAAUAUUCCUAUAAAGGUCGAUAUCGAUUUAACCUUGGCGAAGAUCAUCGACAUGGGACUACUCUAUCUCGUCAGUCAGUUCGAGAGCAUCUCGGAUAAUGCCUCGAAGGAGGCCACGUUGGAGAAGGCUAUGGAUAAGAUGGAGAAGGAUUGGGCCGAUUUAUAUUUCACCGUUAAUCCUUUCAAGGACACUGGUACCUACGUCAUCGCUGGUGUCGACGAUAUACAACUUCUUCUGGACGAUCACAUCGUUAGAACAGUUACCAUAAAGAAUUCGCCAAACAUAAAACCGUUCGAAGAAAGAAUACUGAAAUGGGAGUAUAAGUUGCAUUUGCUGCAAGAUAUUUUGGACCAAUGGCUCCGUGUCCAAGCAAUCUGGAUGUACUUGGAGCCGAUCUUUACAUCCCCGGAUAUUCAACAACAGAUGCCAGAGGAGGGGAGAAAAUUCUCCGCUGUGGAUAAAACUUGGCGCGACAUUAUGAAGACUGUUUACGCUGAUUCUAGGGUUUUCGCGGUCAUCGAGAUCGAUAAGAUGUUAGAGCGGUUAAAGAAGAGUUACGGAUUGUUAGAGGAUAUCCAAAAGGGUUUGAACGAAUAUCUGGAGAGGAAACGUCUCUUCUUCCCGAGAUUCUUCUUCCUGUCCAACGACGAGUUGUUGGAAAUUUUGUCCGAGACGAAGGAUCCGACUCGCGUGCAACCACACUUGAGAAAGUGUUUCGAGGGAAUACAUUCGUUGAGGUUCGACGAAGAUCUCGAAGUGCUCGCUAUGCGGUCAACGGAGGGUGAAGAAGUAGACCUGAUAGAGGCGAUAUCCACACUGGCUACGAGAGGACAAGUAGAGAAAUGGCUGAUCGAGUUGGAAAGAAUUAUGAGACUGAGCGUAAGGAACGAAGUGUAUCUAGCUAUACAGGCGUAUCCCACGAAAGAGAGGAGGUUGUGGGUUUUGGAUUGGCCGGGACAAACGAUACUCUGCGUCGGUAAAACGUACUGGACUCUACGCAUAGAGCAAUCCAUGUUGCUCGGUAUAGAAGGUCUGAACAGAUACUUGGAGCAGUGUCAGAGGGAAUUGAACGAGAUCAUAUUGCUGAUCAGAGGCACAUUGACGAAACAGAAUCGCAUCACUCUAGAAGCCUUGGUCACGUUGGACGUCCACGGGAAAGACACUCUCGCGGGAUUGUGCAAAGAGAACGUGGUGAAGAACACAGACUUUAAAUGGUUGUGCCACUUGCGCUACUAUUGGCUGGAAGACAACAUGUGGGCUUACAUGAUAAAUUCAAAGCUACGUUACGGCUACGAAUAUCUCGGCAAUUCGUCGAGAUUAGUGAUCACCCCUUUGACAGAUCGAUGCUAUCGAACGUUGUUCGGUGCCCUGCACCUUCACCUGGGCGGUGCACCGGAGGGUCCGGCCGGAACCGGCAAAACGGAAACGACGAAGGAUCUGGCGAAAGCUGUUGCCAAGCAAUGCGUCGUUUUCAAUUGUUCCGAGGGUUUGGAUUAUCUCGCCUUGGGAAAAUUCUUCAAAGGAUUGGCAUCUUGCGGCGCUUGGUCUUGCUUCGACGAAUUCAAUCGUAUCGACUUGGAAGUUUUGUCGGUGGUCGCCCAACAAAUCCUAACGAUUCAACGGGCCAUAUUAAGCGGGGCGGAGAAAAUCAUUUUCGAGGGUACAGAGAUCUUCUUAGACCCGACCUGCGCCAUCUUCAUCACCAUGAAUCCCGGUUACGCGGGUAGAUCCGAGUUACCGGACAAUUUGAAGGCGUUGUUCCGCCCUGUUACCAUGAUGGUGCCCGAUUACGCGUUGAUCGCCGAGAACACUCUCUACUCGUACGGAUUCUACAACGGCAGGCCUUUGGCGGUUAAAAUCGUCACAGCUUACAGGCUUUGCUCCGAGCAGUUGAGCAGCCAGCAUCAUUACGAUUACGGUAUGAGGGCUGUGAAGUCCGUGCUGAUCGCUGCCGGCAACUUGAAGCUCAGAUAUCCCGAGGAAUCGGAGGAUAUCCUGAUGCUGAGAAGCAUAAUGGACGUGAAUCUGCCGAAAUUCUUGGUUCACGAUCUACCGCUUUUCGAGGGUAUCGCGUCCGACUUGUUCCCCGGUGUCAUCCUCCCGCCUCCGGAUUAUACCCACUUGAACGCUUGCACGCUGGACGCGUGCGCCGCUGCCAACAUUCAAUGCACCAGUUUCUUCCUGGAAAAGAUACACCAGAUAUACGAGAUGAUGAUAGUCAGGCACGGUUUCAUGAUAGUCGGUUUGCCUUUCGGCGGGAAAACCUCGGCUUACAGGAUGCUCGCGGGCGCUCUUGGAUUGUUGGAGGAUCGUAAGCUGAUGAACGAGCACCGGGUCGAGAUAACGGUUAUCAAUCCGAAGGCGAUCACGAUGGGCCAAUUAUACGGCCAGUUCGACCCGGCCUCGCACGAAUGGACCGACGGUGUCCUCGCUGUCAGUUACAGGGCUUUCGCCACUUCCACCAAUCUGAAUAGGAAAUGGUUGGUGUUUGACGGCCCGGUCGACGCCCUCUGGAUCGAGAAUAUGAACACCGUGUUGGACGACAAUAAAAAGCUUUGCCUCACCUCCGGGGAAAUUAUCCAACUCGCGCCCACCACCAACUUAAUUUUCGAGCCCAUGGACUUGGAGGUCGCGUCACCUGCCACGGUGUCCAGAUGCGGGAUGAUUUACAUGGAGCCGGUCAGUUUAGGUUGGAUGCCAAUCUUGAUUUCUUGGCUGAACACUUUACCACCCUCCUUCACCGAUCAUCUUAAAAAUCAUUUGCACGAAAUGUAUUCGAGAUUUUGCCCGUGCCUUUUGCAAUUAGUUCGCGUGUGCAAGGAGAUAAUAACGAUGCCCGAUGCCAAUCUGGUUAAAUCAACAACUUACCUGUUCGAUUGUUUCGUCGACGAUUACUACGACGAGAAGUAUUGCCACAUGAUGACGGAUCUAGAUAUGAGGGCACAAGUGGAGGGUUGCUUCUUCUUCUCCUGCAUCUGGGCGAUGGGCGGCACUAUAACGACGGAUUAUCGCGAAUGGUUCAGCGAUCUCUUUAGAGCGUUAACGGAUCGAGAGUUUCCGAGCGACGUCAAAGAACGUUUCAAUAUCGCGGAGAUCAUCAAUCCGUCGAAACCGUACGUGGUCAACUUGCCGAUGACGGGUUUGGUGUACGAUUACAAGUUCGUGAAAGAGGGUAGGGGGAAGUGGAGGCCGUGGACGGACGAUCUCCAAGACACCCCCCCGAUAUCUAAAGACAUACCGGUCAACCAGAUAAUCGUCCCGACGAUCGAGACCAUUCGUUACUUCCAUUUGUUUCGACUGUUGAUCCGCCAUCAAAAACCUCUGCUGUUGGUUGGCCCGACCGGCACCGGCAAAUCCUCCUACAUAAUGGAAUUUUUGUUGAAGAAGAACGACCCGGACACGUACAAACCUCUUUUCGUCAUAUUCUCCGCUCAAACAACCGCCAACCAGACCCAGGACAUCAUCAUGAACAAAUUGGAUAGGCGAAAGAAGGGGUUGUACGGAGCCCCGCCGGGGAAGUAUUGGAUAGUUUUCGUGGACGACGUCUCGAUGCCGCAGAAAGAGGAAUUCGGUUCCCAGCCGCCUAUAGAAUUGUUGAGGCAAUGGCUGGAUCACUGGACGUGGUACGAUCUAAAGGAGAUAUCGCCCAUACACUUGGUGGACGUACAGCUGGUUUGCGCGAUGGGGCCGCCGGCAACUGGAUUGGAUUGCACGCCACGAUUCAAAAGGCAUUUCGUCACCCUGGGAAUAUCAGAGUUCUCCGACGACGUUCUCAUCACCAUUUUCACAACCAUAGUAAAUUGGUACUUCGUCACAAGGGAGUUUCAAGACUUUUUCUUCCCCAGUAUCGAUUACUUCGUGAGCGGCACGCUGGACGUUUUCAAAGAGUCGAGGUUACACCUUUUACCGACACCGGCCAAAUGCCAUUAUUUGUUCAACUUGCGAGACUUCUCGAGGGUGAUCCAAGGAGUGCUACUUUGCACCCCUGAAACCGUCCCCGAUCCCACGAGUUUGAAACGACAAUGGGUACACGAGGUGUUACGGGUUUACGGUGAUCGAUUGGUGGACGACAAUGACAUUAAAUGGCUCGUCGAACAGAUAAGGAAAACCAUGAAGCUGUACAUGGACGACGAAUUGGAUAACUUGUUCCAAGAUUUAAGAACGAAUAAGAUGGUGACGUACAUAGAACUUCGAAAUUUGAUUUACUGCGACUUCCACGAUCCUUUCGCUGAUAAAAAAUUGUACGUGGAGGUGAAAGAUUUGGAUUUCCUUACCCUGGUUGCCGAGGAAUAUCUCGAGGAAUAUAAUUCGAUCUCUAGGACACCGAUGAAUCUCGUCCUGUUCAGGUUUCCAUCCAUAUUCACCAAUCUCGUCGAUUCAAAAGCGACGAAAUAAUCGCUCCAUUUGCCGUGUUCCAGAUUCGCCAUCGAACAUCUGUCGAAGAUCAGUCGUAUAAUGAUGCAACCCCGGGGCCACGCGCUGUUGAUCGGCGUGGGCGGUUCAGGGCGUCAAUCGAUGACGAAAUUGGCGGCCCACAUCUCGGAUUACGAAUUAUUCCAAGUGGAGAUAUCCCAGGUGUACGGUAUUUACGAGUGGCACGAGGACGUGAAGGAUAUCCUUAGGAAGAGCGCGUUCUCAGAGCUCCACACGGCGUUCCUCUUCAUGGACACCCAGAUCAAAGAGGAGAUCUUCCUCGAGGAUAUAAGCAAUAUAUUGAACUCGGGCGAGGUCCCGAACAUAUUCGCCGUGGACGAGCUGUCCGAGAUAUGCGAGAAGAUGCGAGUGAUCGAUAGGCAGAGGGACAGAGCGGUGCAGACCGAUGGAAGCCCCGUGGCUUUGUUCAAUUUCUUCGUGCAAACCGUACGCGAACAGUUGCACAUGAUAGUGAGCAUGUCGCCGAUCGGCGAGAAUUUCCGGGCGAGAAUUCGAAAAUUCCCGGCCCUGGUCAGUUGUUGCACGAUCGACUGGAUGCAAGCCUGGCCGGAGGACGCCCUGCUAGCCGUGGCAACCAAAUUCCUCGACGAGAUCGAUCUCACCGAGAAGGAGAGGGCCGCGUGCAUCGAGAUGUGCCAAUUCUUCCACACGUCCACCCAGAACUUGACCAAAGACUUUCUGAGGAAGGCGAGACGGUAUAACUACGUAACCCCGACCUCGUACCUCGAGCUCAUCAACACUUUCAAGGAUUUGCUCGCGAAGAAGAGGAAGGAGGCUUUGGACGGUAAAAAGAGGUACGAGGCGGGGUUGGAAAGGUUGGACAGUACCCACAAGCAAGUGGAGAAGAUGCAAGAGAUUUUAAUCGCGCUGCAACCGAAGCUUCUUAUCGCAGCUAGGGACGUCGAAGCCAUGCUUCUCGACGUUGAGAGGGAGAGCAACGAAGUCGCUGCCCUGGAGCUAAUUGUGAAGAGCGACGAGGAGGCAGCCAUGGAAGUUGCGAGCGAGGCGGACGCCAUACGCGCGGAAUGCGACGCGGAUCUGCAGCAAGUGAUGCCUAUAUUAAACGCGGCGAACGCGGCCUUGCAAACCCUUACUCCUCAGGAUAUUCAAAUAGUGAAAUCCAUGAAACGUCCCCCGGCCGGUGUUCGACUGGUGAUGGAGGCGAUUUGCAUUCUAAAGGACGUGAAACCGGAGAAGGUUAAAACGCCCGAGGGGGACGUGGUGGAAGAUUAUUGGAAGCCGUCGCUUCGCAUAUUGACGGACAUAAAGUUCCUCGAUUCCCUGAUCAACUUCGACAAGGACAACAUACCCGAGAGAAUCAUGACGAAAAUUCGCACCACGAUAUUAACGAAUCCGAACUUCGACCCGGAAAGGAUAAGGCAAGUGUCGACCGCUUGCGAGGGCCUGUGCAAAUGGGUGUUCGCUUUGUCCGAGUACGACAAAGUGGCGAAGAUAGUUGCGCCCAAGAGGAGAGCUCUGGCCAUAGCGGAGGCCGACUACAAGGAGGCGAUGGACCAAUUGACGUUGAAGAGGGCUCAGCUUCAAGAGGUGAGGGACAGGUUGGCGAAGGUUGAGGAAUUGUUGAAGAUACGCAGGGCCGAGUAUCAGGCGAUGACGGACGAGGUGAACGUGUGCGAGGCGAGAUUGAGAAGGGCGAGGGAGCUGAUCGGCCGGCUGGGGGGGGAGUACACCAGAUGGUCCGAUACGGCCAAGCAAUUGGGCGAGCGUUAUUACACCCUGACCGGCGACAUUCUGAUCGGUUCCGGGAUCGUGGCCUACCUAGGGGUGUUCACCACCCAGUUCAGGCAGCAACAAAUCGAAAAUUGGGUGCAGAUUUGCACUGAUUUGGAGGUGAUCUGCACCAAGGAUUACGAGCUCGCUCCUAUACUGGGCGAUUCCGUUCUGAUACGAUCCUGGAUCAUCUUCGGACUGCCCACCGAUCUAUUCUCCAUCGACAACGCGAUAAUCGUAACGAAUUCUCGCCGGUGGCCGUUGAUGAUCGAUCCCCAGAGCCAGGCCAACAAAUGGGUGAAGAAUAUGGAGAAAGAUAAUAACAUCCACGUGAUCAGAUUGACCCAGGAAGAUUACAUGAGAGUUUUGGAGAACGCUAUCCAGUUCGGUCAGCCGGUCUUGUUGGAGAAUAUCGGCGAGGAGAUCGAUCCCGCUCUCGAACCUCUUUUGAUGAAACAAACGUUUAAAUCUGCUGGCGCGGAGUGUAUCAAGGUCGGAGAUUCUAUUAUCGAAUACUCUCACAAUUUUAGAUUUUACAUGACGACUAAAUUGCGUAAUCCCCAUUACCUACCAGAGGUGGUGGUGAAGGUAACGCUGUUGAACUUCAUGAUCACACCGAUAGGCCUCGAGGAUCAGCUUCUCGGGAUCGUGGUUGCCAAAGAGAGGCCGGACUUGGAGGCCGAGAAGAAUCUAUUGAUCAUCCAAGGAGCGGCCAACAAGAAAAAAUUGAAGGAGAUCGAGGACGAGAUUCUCAGGGUUCUGCAAACCGUGGAGGGGAAUAUCCUCGAGGAUGAAACGGCCAUCAGCAUACUGAGUUCGUCGAAAAAUCUUGCCAACGAGAUCGAAGCGAAGCAGAGAGUGGCCGAGAUCACGGAAAAAUCUAUCGACGCCGCGAGAUUGCAGUACACGCCCAUAGCUAUCCACAGCACCGUCCUCUUCUUCACGAUCGCCGUUCUGGCGAACAUCGAUCCAAUGUAUCAAUACUCGUUGGUCUGGUUCGUGAAUCUCUUCAAGAACUCGAUCGACAACACGGAACGCGUGGAAGACAUACCGCUACGGCUCAAGGAUCUCACGAAACACUUCACGUACUCCCUCUACGUGAACAUAUGUCGGUCGUUGUUCGAGAAGGACAAGCUUUUAUUCUCCCUCCUCCUUUUGGUAAACUUGCUGUACAAGCAGGGGAAAAUCUCGAUACCCCAAUGGAUGUUUCUGUUGACCGGAGGCGUUGGCCUUGAGAAUCCUUUCGUAAAUCCCACGACUUGGCUACCAAGGAAAUCAUGGGACGAGUUGUGCCGUUUGGACAGUGUUCCAGGUUUCGAGGAAUUCAAAUCCAACUUCGAGCUUCGUCUGGACGAGUGGAAAGUCAUAUUCGAUCAUAUGGAGCCUCACACUUUGACAUUCCCCAAGCCUUAUCACAAUAUCACCCGUUUCGAGAGAAUGGUCAUACUGCGAUGCAUUCGUCCUGACAAAAUGGUGCCGGCCGUUCAGCAAUUCGUGCAAGAGCAACUGGGAUCUCAGUACAUCGAGCCGCCGCCCUUCGACCUGAUCUCGUCGUUCGCCGAUUCGCAUUCCUGUAUUCCCCUCAUAUUCGUGUUGACGCCUGGCGCCGAUCCCAUGGCGAUUCUACUGAAAUUCGCGGACGACCAGGGUUUCGGCACCAACCGUCUCUUCUCCCUUUCUUUGGGUCAAGGGCAAGAAGUUAUUGCCGAGAAUCUUAUAGACGAGGGGGUGAAGAACGGCACCUGGGUCGUCCUCCAGAAUUGUCACCUUGCCAAAAGUUUCAUGCCAAUGUUGGAAAGGAUCUGCGAAACUUUCACCCGAGAGACCGUGCAUCCGGACUUUCGUUUGUGGCUGACCAGUUAUCCGGUCGAAUAUUUCCCGGUCAGCAUUCUUCAAAAUGGCGUCAAAAUGACGAACGAGCCGCCCAAAGGGUUGAGAGCGAAUAUAAUCAGAUCUUUCUUACUGGACCCGAUAUGCGACGAGGAUUUCUUCGAGACGUGCAAGCAAUCCGAGGUGUUCAAGAAGCUACUUUUCUCGCUCAGUUUCUUCCACGCGAUCGUUCAAGAGCGAAGGAAAUUUGGACCGAUCGGUUGGAACAAUCAGUACGAAUUCAACGAGACCGAUUUGCGGAUCAGCGCUUUGCAGUUGAAAAUCUUGCUGGAUCAAUACGAUGACGUUCAAUUUACCGCGUUGAAAUAUUUGACCGGCGAGUGUAAUUAUGGCGGUCGAGUGACGGACGAAUGGGACAGGAGAACGUUGAACACGAUCCUCGAUAGAUAUUAUCGCGUGGAGGUUAUCGAGGUGAAGGAAUAUCAAUUCGACGAGAGUGGUAUUUAUUACAUACCCGAUGUCUAUGAAUACGAGAAAUUUCUCGAGUAUAUCAAAUCUUUUCCAAUGAUCACUACACCAUGCGUCUUUGGGAUGCACGACAACGCAGAUAUCAUUAAGGAUCAACAGGAGACCAGCUUGAUGUUCAGCUCGAUAUUGGCAACGCAGAUUAUUCAGGAUAUCAAGCCGAGGAGUUUAAGAGGAAGAAUAAAGGACACCACGGAAACGGAUGUAGACGAGGAAGGAAUAUCACCCGACGACAUCGUCUACGGUAUAGCGUCCGAUAUUCUGUCAAAGUUGCCCGACGACUUCGAUCUAGACGUUGCGCUCGAGAGAUAUCCGACGUUGUACGAGCAAAGCAUGAACACGGUGCUGGUACAGGAAAUGGGAAGAUUCAACAAGCUUCUGCAAACGAUCAGGAGUAGCCUCAUAAACGUUCAGAAGGCGAUCAAAGGUCUGGUGAUCAUGACACCGGAUCUCGAGGAGGUCUAUCUAUCGAUAAUCACCGGAAAGAUACCAAAGAUGUGGAUGCAUCAUUCUUAUCCGUCGUUGAAGCCGCUUGGAAGUUAUAUUCAAGAUUUCUUGGAUAGGCUCGCUUUCCUCCAGAAAUGGUUCAUAGAGGGGCAACCACCGACAUUUUGGAUCUCCGGUUUCUAUUUCACGCAGGCGUUCCUCACGGGUGCGCGUCAAAAUUACGCGAGGAAGUAUAUGAUACCUAUAGAUCUCCUCGUCUACGAUUUUGAACCUCUGAAGGAAAAAGAAUUCGCUAAACCGCCGGACGAUGGUGUUUACAUUUACGGUUUGUUCCUGGACGGGGCCCGUUUCAAUUUGGACACGAUGAGACUCGACGAAUCGUUCCCGAAAAUUUUGUACGACCACGUCCCUUACAUUUGGCUAAUACCGAUGAAGAAGGAGGAUAUACGCGAAAGGCACACGUACACCUGUCCAGUGUACAAAACCACGGAGAGAAGAGGCGUUCUAUCGACUACCGGCCAUUCGACCAACUUUGUAAUCGCCAUAUGGCUGCCGACGGAUCGAGAUCCGGAGCACUGGAUACUUCGAGGCACGGCCAUGAUCUGCCAAUUGUCCGAUUAAAUCCCCUAUAAGGAGUUUAUUUUAUCGCUUGUCGCUUG